AUGACAUGUUUGGAAAAAUUAACUUUAUAUCUUCGUAUAAAAAAUCGAGGUACAUUCAUCGAUAGUACUCAUCUUCAAAAUGAAAUUCUUUUUUAUAUGCCACGUCUUCAUUCAUUUUCUUUUUAUAUAAGUACUUAUGAUGAUACCGCUGAUUUAUUUCGUUACAUGCCUAGUCAAGAUAUUCAACGAACUACUACAAAUAUUGGACAUCAACGUAUGACUAAAAUCAUAAAUUAUAGCACUAGUCGACAAGCUGUAUGUUGUGUUUUCUCACUUCCUUUUGUAUUUGAUCAUUUUCACGAAAUUGGCAACAUAUUUCCAGAUGUUGUAUUCAAAUAUGUUACGUAUAUGAUGGUACAAGAUGUAGUUCCAUUCAAUCAUGAAUUCUUUAUUCGUGUUGCUCGAUCUUUUCCAUUAUUGGGUCAAUUGCGCAUUUUAAAUCUUGAAUCACAAUCGGCGUGUAAUGUUAGCACACUUUCAUCUGAUGAUAGUCAAGCAUAUUCAGUCGUUAAAUACCCUCAUCUUACUUCACUUGACGUGGUAAAGGCAAAUAUUGACUAUCUUGAAGAAUUUCUAAAUGAAACAAAAGCAUCUGUACCAUGUCUAACUCGAUUAAUAGCUAACUAUAAUGACUUCAAAAUUGUCACAAAAAACUUUACACAAGAAGAAACAAGACGCAAUUGUAUGAAGAUAACACAAUGCAUUAUGAUGAACAGUUCGCCAUUUGCGGCAGAUUAUUAUCAUUACUUUCCUUCGUUAUAUCGAUUAUAA